AUGACUAAAGAGCAAAUCGCUGAGCUGAAGGAUGUCUUCGUCUCUUUCGACAAGAAUGGCGAUGGAGUGAUCACUGCCGAGGAACUUGGCACCGUCAUGCGAUCUCUGGGCCAGAACCCCACAGAUGAAGAGCUACAUGACAUGAUCAGUGAGGUCGAUAUUGACAACACUGGGAGUAUUGACUUCAAUGAGUUCGUUGAGAUGAUGGCUAGAAAAGUCAAGGCCGGUGAUAUCGAAGAGGAACUAAAAGAGGCCUUCAAGGUCUUCGAUCGGGACAACAGCGGCACAAUUUCCGCUGCCGAGCUUCGUCAGGUCAUGCUUUCCAUCGGCGAGAACCUUACUAGUGAAGAGAUCGACGAGAUGGUCCGAGAGGCUGAUAAGGAUGGCAAUGGCUCUAUUGACUACCACGAGUUUGUUGCAAUCAUGCAAGGCAAAUAG